AUGUUAUGUGUUAAUAAAAUAAAUAAAAUUACAGAUCGAGGACCACCUGACUUCAUCACUAAUGGUCUUCAGGCAGCAGUUUUAGAAUGGAUUAGAUCUUUGGACUUAGAGCUCGUAAGCAUCUUACUGGCAAGGAGUUGGCCUUUGUCAAUAUUAGAUAGUAGCGAACCUCGAUGGAGACCUACUGAAGUAACAGAUACUGAUAACGUUGUACGACUGGAUAGGAGGCAAAGAUUGCUUAGAUGGGAUAGAAGACCGCCCAAUGAAAUUUUUUUGGAAGGAUUUGUACCUAUUGUGACAAGGGAGUACCCGGAUUGGGAAGAGACGGACUUGUAUGGUUUUGCAAAAAAUAACCACCCUUCCUUCUUUGUUUCAACUACAAAAACACAAAGAAACAAAAAAAAGUAUGUUUGGACACCUAGAAGUGCCAACCGCGGUAUAGUGUAUCAAUACGAAAUUUAUGCUCCUGGAGGAGUCGAUGUCAAUGAGUCUUUAUUACAUGAAUCACCUUGGCCUAAUCAAAUGGAGGUUGCGUUUCCUGGAGGAAUACAAAAUAUUUAUAUAAGAUCAGCAAGAGAACUCCAAGACGGACGAAUUCAAAGAAUUUGGGUGAAUCCAAAUUUUUUGGAUCCCGGCGAAUUAGAACCCAUUGCUUCUUCUUCAAGAACCCCUAAUGUUAUAUGGAGAGAAAACCACCCUGAUGGUGAUCACAAGGACUCUGACGGUCGCUCAAAGAGAUCAGCAAUCUUCGAUGAUGACUUAAUGUAUGGCGGUGCCGGUGGCGUAGAAGAGGAUACAUUUGGUGAAGAAACUGAUAACCCUAAACCAUUUCCUGAUGGUGAAUUCACUAUUGAAAGUAUCAAGGAUAAUAACUUGUUUUUGGAUUUAACUCAAAAUGUAUCCGGUGGAAUUAUUCAUAGUCACAUAUAUAAUGGCGGGGAAAAUCAAAUAUGGGUACUUAGUUAUGAUGAAAAUAAAAAGGGUUACAAAAUAAAAAGUAAACAAAAUCCCAGUCUAUUGUUGAGUUGGAAUAGUAAUGCUACGUCUAGAGAAAUAAUUCUUCGGGGAUAUAUAGAGAGUAAUAGCAGGAACCAAUACUGGCGAAUUGAAAAGACCAACGAAUAUUUUAGAUUUAGAAAUCUUGAAAAUCCACAGAUGAUUAUAACAGUUCAGAAUAAUUCAAGUGACUAUGGCGGCAAAGAACUUACUGUGCAAACUGAAGCUGGUGAUGAAAGAAACUCUCAGGAAUGGAAAAUUAAACCUAUGUCUUAUAAGCUGGUCGCAAAUGGCGAUUAUUAUAUGUUCAGUCGCGAUCUGUCAGAUAAAGUUGUUGACUUUAGUAACCAAGAAGAUUCCUUGGUUCAUGGUCAUACCUUUAUGGAUAAUGACAAUCAAAAGUGGAACUUUACUUACGAUAGCGGCAAGCAAGCUUAUAAGAUAAGAAGCCUUCGAAAAGCAAAUCUUUUUUUGAGCUGGAAUGCUUCUUCAAAAGAAAUGGUUCUUCGAGCAUAUACAGAAAGCAGUAAUAAGGACCAGUAUUGGCGCAUCGAGCAGACCGAUAAUGAGUCUUAUAGAUUUAGGAAUCUGGAGAAUUUAAGUUUGAUUUUGAUGCUAAGCAAAGAAGAUAGUCCAUAUGGUGGAUUAAAUCUAAUAGUACAUGAUUCUAAUGAUGAUACUAAUUUCUAUUCGUAUUGGAAAAUCAAACCCAUCUUCUAUCAGUAUGUUCCAGACGGUGAUUACCAUAUAUUCAACCAUAACUUCCCAAAUACUCUGAUUGAUUAUACUAAUCAAGAGGGUGCUUUGGUUCAUGGUCAUAACUACUUCGGGAAUAAUAACCAAAAGUGGUCAUUUGUAUUUGACGGAAAUAUAAAAGCUUAUAAAAUAAAGAGCGGUGUACGUUCAGAUCUUCUGUUAACCUGGGAUAGUAAUGCUGUGUCUAAGGAAAUGGUUCUUAGAGCAUAUGCAGAGAGCGAGAAUAUGAGUCAAUAUUGGCGCCUUGACAAAUUAAAUAACGGAUCGUACAAACUCAAGAAUCGAUAUGACUAUGAAAAGAUAAUAGCUUUAACUAAUAAUGAUAGUCCCUAUGGAGGAAGAGAGCUGUUAAUAUCUGGUACUGUGGAAAGCGGAAACAAUUGGUACCUUAAAAGAAUAGGGGAAGUGGCUUUACCAAAUGGGAAGUUUAGAAUCGCAACUAAACUCAAUUACAAAAAAGUGGUUGAUUUUGAUCAUAAAUAUAAUUUAAUUAUUAUUGAUAAUCUAAAUCUUGCUACUAGCGAAUGGGAAAUCAAAUAUGAUUCAAGCUAUAAAGCGUACAAUAUACAUUCUGCAGACAGCUUAAAUAUAGGAUGGAUAUAUCAGAAUAAAAACUUUUUUGUGAAGGUGGAUAAUAUAGACGGGCCUGAUAGUAGGGACGCAAGAUAUUAUUGGACGAUAGAAUAUAGCAUUCAACAUGGGUGCUAUAUGAUAAGAAGUUAUCACGAGCCCUCUCAUGCAGUGGGUUAUUUUGACAAUAAUUCGGUGAUUACGGAUACAUCAACAUACUCCGAUAAUCAAUUAUUUCAUUUUAUUCCACUAAAAAAUUAG